AUGAAGAACUUUCAACGUCUUAUUCAAUCUCAAGGUCGGUUUGCCGCCUCUUCUGCCUUUGUUCGUCCUUCCCGUCUGGGUUUUGCUUCUGCCGGUCAGUUCCGCUUUUCCAGCAAUCAUUCUGCUUCUUUAGAGGAGAUAAAUACCAAGUACAAUGACUUCUUUUCCACCGUUCAAGAUCAAUUUGAGCUUCAACGUGGUCUUAACAACUGCUUUGCAUACGAUAUCGUCCCUUCUUCCGAUGUGAUUGAGCAAGCCAUCCGUGCUGCUCGUCGUGUCAACGACUUCCCUACUGCUGUUCGCAUCUUUGAGGGUAUCAAGGUCAAAUUACCAAGCAAAGAACAAUAUGCUGCUUAUUUAAAGGAGCUGAAGCCUGUAUGUGAAGAGCUUGGUAUCUCUAUGAAGGAAGAUUUGUUCCAUUAA